UCUUUUCUGUCUUUUCUCCGUCUCUUCCCUUCAAAUGCACUCCUCCAUUCCCAUCUCUCUCAUAUCCCACUGCUGAUUCCGACUGCAACCUGCCACCCUCCUGUUCCACCCCCACCCCUUCCCCAAUCCCCCAAAGCCUAAGCUCCAUACAACCAAACCAGAUCUCUCUCUCUAUCGACUAUUCUGUAAGCCCGAUAUUAAUGUAUUCAAAACGUUCCCACCUUGCUCCCUUGGCACUUUCCUAGUCAAAAACAGAAACACAAAAAUUAUGGUUGAGACUGGUACGACGUCUUCGUGGUGGCGGACUCAACUCCAAAUCCACCAUCACCGGCGGUGGAUCUCUACAUUCUUCACUACCCGCAAGACCCUUUUGGCUGCUCUUUGGAUCGCCUUCUUCUUCACGGUUUUUUUGUGGCAGCAGAGGAGUGCCGCAGCUGGAUUCUCGAUUUUUCGGCGACCCAUUUCUUCUAGGGCCUUUCCUAAGCUCCGGCCGGUGGCUUUCAACUUGACGGAUUUUGGGGCGGUGGGCGAUGGGGUUACCGUAAAUACUGCAGCUUUUGAGAGAGCUAUGAUGGCUAUUUCUAAGCGUGGGAAAAAAGGUGGUGGACAGCUCAAUGUACCGCCGGGAUAUUGGCUUACUGCCCCUUUCAAUCUCACUAGUCACUUGACUUUAUUCCUUGCUGAAGGUGCUGAAUUACUUGGAAUUAAUGAUGAGAAGUACUGGCCUCUCAUGCCGCCAUUGCCAUCAUAUGGCUGUGGGAGGGAACAUCCUGGACCUAGAUAUGGAAGUUUAAUUCAUGGUCAAAAUCUUAAAGAUGUUGUCAUUACAGGACAUAAUGGUACAAUUAAUGGACAAGGUCAAGCAUGGUGGAGGAAGUAUCGACAAAAGGUUCUUAACCACACCAGAGGGCCACUUCUGCAGAUUAUGUGGUCUAGUGACAUUUUGAUCUCUAACAUAACAUUACGUGAUUCUCCCUUUUGGACAUUCCAUCCAUUUGACUGCAAGAAUGUGACAGUUAGGAAUGUGACAAUCUUGGCACCUGUCUUUGAAGCUCCAAAUACUGAUGGAAUAGAUCCUGAUUCAUGCGAGGACAUGGUAAUUGAGGACUGUUACAUUAGUGUGGGAGAUGACGCUAUUGCAAUAAAGAGCGGAUGGGAUCAGUAUGGCAUUGCUUAUGGACGGCCUUCCAGAAAUAUACUCAUCAGAAACCUUGUAGUUCGAUCAAUGGUCAGUGCUGGCAUAUCCAUAGGCAGCGAGAUGUCUGGUGGGGUGUCAAAUGUCACUGUGGAGAACGUCCAUGUUUGGGGCUCAAGGCGUGCCGUGCGGAUCAAGACAGCCCCUGGAAGAGGAGGAUAUGUGCGACAGAUAACUUACCGGAAUUUGACAUUUGAGAAUGUCAGAGUGGGCAUUGUGAUCAAGACGGAUUAUAAUGAACAUCCGGACGAUGGAUUUGAUCCGAAGGCCGUUCCGUCCUUGGAGGAUAUAAACUACUUCUCAAUCCAUGGCGAGGGAGUUCGGGUGCCUGUUCGUAUGCAUGGGAGCGCAGAAAUUCCGGUGAGGAAAGUGACUUUCCGGGAUAUGUCGGUCGGGAUUACUUACAAGAAGAAGCAAAUAUUCCAGUGUGCUUUUGUUGAAGGCCGGGUCAUAGGGACCAUUUUUCCAGCACCCUGUGAGAACCUUGAUCUAUACGAUGAACAAGGGCACUUAAUCAGGCGUUCUACAUCUCAAAACGUGUCAGAUAUAGAUUAUGAUUUUUGAUAUGAUUUUGACUUCUGUCUCUAGGGCCAAUUUUCCAAAUGGGGGGGCAGCAUGCUUGGAUCAGUAAAAACUGUGACCGCAGGUUUUUCCCAAGACAGCACCUCUCUCAUGCCUUUUUCUUUUCUGCGCUUUCAUUUCUUGAGGACUCUUUACGUCGUACGUACAGUGUAUAUAUACUCUGCAAAUACUGGAGCUGAUGUAUCCACAAUUUCAAAGUGUGAAAUAGGAAAUGUAGGUUAGCUGUUACUGCAGUAUCCGAUUGUAAUUGUCAAUCUACAAAUUUUUGAGCCA